AUGUCUUCACUUAGCACCAAUCCACAAUCUGAACUUCCUGCGAAACAAUCAACUAAAACUGGUCAAGUUCCACCACCAUUGCUAUCUCCUAAUCAAGUUCAAUCGACCCCAAUUCAACUAUAUCCAACUGGUGCGACAGCUUUGGUGCCAGCUCCUCCGACAUACGAAUUAAUUCCGAAUCGCAUUUUUGUGGGCGGAUUUCCGUCAGCGGUGAGUUUGUUUGAGAAAUAACGUUUUCGUUUAAAAAUAGUAAUUUUUAAGACUACGGAAAGCGAAUUGCGGGAACAUUUCGAACAAUUUUAUGAGGUGAAGGAUGUUAAAAUCGUAAAAUCUAUGGAGGGAAUUUCCAAAGGGUUCGGAUUUGUUACUUUUGAGACCGAAGAUCAUGCAGAGGAAGUCAGGAAACUGGUUAGUUGUUUAUUUGUCACGUAUUAAAAUAAUAUCUUUGUACAGUCUCCCAAGCAAUUGGAAUUUCGCAACAGAAAGCUGAAUCUAGGUCCGGCCAUUCGGAAAAUAAAUUCGAGCCCCUACAAUUCAGGUUAGAAUAUUACAGUUUUCUUUAAAUUAGACUUGGACCUAUUUAGCCGCUGGAUUUACAAUUGCAACUCCAAGUCAGCUGGUACCAGCAUCGCCAACACCUUUUGGUUUGAUAUCAUCGGCUGUCUCUACAAAUUCACCAGUGUUUGUAUUUCCUCCCGUGGUGAGAAAAACAAAAUAUUUGGUGAUCUUUUGAAAAUAUCAUGAAAAAUUGCAGUCUUCAAGCGAUCAAACAAAAAGUCCGUCGUUGAGCCCAACUUCACAACAACAAUUCUUUGUUCAAACAGAAAUUCCAACACCAACAAAGAGCUAUGCAAAUGCAGUUGCGGGAUCUGUUCAUACAAAUGAUAAAACACCAAUUGAAAUAAAUCAAUCGGACUCUGUCAAUUCUGUACAUAAUUCAAUUUCGAAUUCAACUAUGACUCCACCCCAAACCCAACAAUCUUAUUCGAACUCAUUUGUUUAUCCGAAUAUGGUAGGUUUCAUAUUCAAAAAUAAAGGAAUGAGAAUUCGAUAAAAAGAAUAUUUCAGUCUACCAACAAUGCGGAAAACAAUGGUUUCUACAAUAAUAAUUAUGGUAAUAAUGCGGAGUCAAAUAAUUGUGGAAAUACGAGCUCAUUGCAACAAAGUGAUUAUCCAAACAAUAAUUAUUUCUAUGGAAACAAUUCAAUGUACAAUGGUUAUCCAUAUGUUCAACCAUAUCAAUCCUACAAUAAUUAUCCCUACCAUCCAUCUCCUUAUUAUCAACCACAUCAAUAUUAUCAACAAUAUCAAAACAUGUACGGUUUCCAACAAUAUAAUAAUUCUCCUAAUUAUGAUUAUGCUUCACACUAUUAUCAACAGCAACAACAAUAUCAACAGUAUCCCAAUUCAAUGUAUUCACAAAUUCCGAAUGAUAUUCAAACACAAACAAAUGGAAAUCCUUUUAUGAAUCAGAUACGUGAAAAUGACGGGCGAAACAUUUCGGAAACUCGCGAUGAAGUAUUUAAAAUAUCAAAUAUUCAUUCGACACCGAAAAAAGGUAAAAUAGGGGACAGAAAAAUUUAGAGAAUUUAGUAUAUUUGUUAUAUAUAAAAAACAGUUGGUAUUCAUACAGACAUUUUGAAUCUAUAGAAUCCCAAUGUUUCACAAUAAUGAAUAAACAAAUAAGAUAACAUCUAACAAGACAAUGGGUUGGUUUCCCAAACAGAGCUGUAAAGCGGCCAUCUGGUGAACCCAAAAGAGCUCUUGAUAUAACCUAAUUUGGGAAUAUAUAUAUGUGGGGAGCGUCAAAAUUAGAUCAAACAUGUAAUAAAAUACAUUUAAUUAUCCUUGAAAUUUUGGUGUCGAAUUUCCUAUCUUCUGUAGAAUAAUUGAAUGAGAAGGUGUUGAUUUGAUUAUUAUUUUUUAUGAGUUCAGAUUUUGAAAUUUUAAAUUAGGUAUGAUUAAAAUAAUAAUAGAUUGCUAAUUAUUCAUGAAUAGAGAGACGAAAAUUCCAUGUUAUCUAGAGAAACACCAGAAAUAUUGAAAGCAAAGAAUGUUACAUAUUGCCUCGAAUCAAUAAACCACACUGCCUUCCUUUCAUAGAAUCGUGGUCACUAAAAGUGCAAGUGAACUUUAGUUCUUCGGGAAGAAAAAAAGAACGGAUAAAGAAAAAGAGAGAAGAACGCUGAGAACACUGCAUGGAUAGAUAACAAUCCGUGUUUAUAGUAAUAAUAUAAAUAACUAACGCCAGCUGUCGUUUUGUUUUAUCGAUUUACUAUUUUUAUGGCACCGAAACACUAUGAUAAGUAACACAUCAAUCAAAACAGAUUGAGAAUAUGACUACUUUUUUUCGAUGGUUAAUGGUUGUAUAAUUAAUCUCAAAUUUCCGACUGUCAAGUCAAUAAUCAUAAAAUUAACAUUUUGAAACAAAUAUAGGAUCUGUUAUGAACAACUGAAUGUUUAUUAAGUAAGGAACAAGUCAAUGAAACAUUUGGGAAGAAUCCUCACUAUACAACAUUUAACACAUGCAAUGGUGAACAUGUUGCCGAGUGCUGUGUAUUCACACCAGAUGUUCAAUUCAUUAUGAGACCACGAGGUGGAAGAAAGACACGAGGUGCAAGAAUAAAUUAGAAGAAACAGGAAGAUAAAUUAGAAGAAAGAGGAAGUUUGGGAUAGAAAUAGGUGUGGUGACGAAAGCGUCGGUUUCUGAGAACAUUUUUCCGCGCGCCGAAAAGAUUGCGUAAUUUUUAAGACCUGUUAAGUUUUCUUGAUCUACCGCAAAAUUUGAAAGUCUAAAGAUAAUGAGUAUUAUGUGAACUCAUACACUUCCAAUUUUAAAUGCAUUCUUGGUUAGAGAAAAAAUCGUUGGGAUUGUUUUCUUUUUUUUUAUAAAACAUUAAAAGGCAAACAAACGUCGGACAGAAAUUUUCAGAAUUAUACAUUUAAAUUGUUGUUUCCGUAAAAUGUUUAUAUUAUUUAAGUGCACCAAGAUGGAUUCUAUAAACCUCAGAAAGUUGGAAUAUAUAAUAAACAAAUCAAACAUUUAUAAAUUUGGGAAAAACUACAAAUCAAUUUCGAUCACAAUUCAUUAGCAAACGAAUAAAUAAUUCGAUUAAAUUUCUAAAAAUUUGCAGAUUGUUCUCGUGGUGACAAGAGAAUUUGGAAUGGGGAUGGAAUGAGAAGCCGGCAAGAAAGUUUCAACAGUGAUUCAGCACAACAACGUGUCAAAGUAAGAGUUUCAAAAAAUUAAGGAAAAGUGUAUAAUGCGUAAUUUCAGCCUUCUCCAAAAUCUCGUACAACAUCUCUAUCAUCAAAAAUGCAGUCUUUGUCACUUGUUCCACCAAGAAAAUGA